AUGAAUGUUAACAACAACGCUAAUGGAGCCAGAAAUCACAAUCAUGAGAUUCCUCGAUACCUUCUCCAACAUGCACUGAGGCCUCGGGAGGUCAGUUUCACGUUGAUGGAAAGGCAACAGGAAUCAAUGUACAUUGUUUGGGCUGCUGCGCGAGGUCGCGUGCGCCAGAAAGUUUAUUAUCCAGGAUUGCUGCUCCCUCCCUAUCCGUUACCACCGGUCUGGCCAGAUGACAUAUGGGCGAUGAUGGUCCUAUGGGUGGCAAGGGAGCGCUGGAUGUUCGAAAUGGAGAUGACCGAGCUGGAGUAUAUCCUAGGCCUCGGGGCUCGCGCGCAUUAA